AUGAGCGACUCUCGCUACUCAAAGCGCUUUAGAGUACCGGUGUCGUGUUCGGUCUGCCGUAAGAGGAAGUCCCGUUGUGACAGAGUCAAGCCAGUCUGUGGCACUUGCAAGAAAAAGUCGAUAGCUCACUUGUGCACUUACGAAGACGACCCGCCCACUGGUCAGCAAAAUACCACGACUUUCUUACCCGUGGGGCCUGUCUUGGCAACCCAAACAGCCCAGUACCAACCUCAGCCAAACCAUGAUCCUAACCUACCCAGUGGAUGUGCCAAGAGCACCAACAACAUCUCGCUCUUUCGGAUCCCACAGCUCUCAUGGCUCACUUGGCUCCAAAGGAUCUCUUCCCCUUCCGCAGUCAUUCUCUGGCAAUGCCCCUAUUGGAAGUCCGAAGAACCACAUGCUUUCCCGGAAAAAUUCAAUGGGAAGCUCUGCUCCAUCGAUCUCUGGUAUCCCAGGCCCCCUCUGGUGACACUGAAGAAACGCAAGACUCCAACCACACCUCCGUUGGCACCUGCCAUGCUCGCUUCUGGGUCGUCAGGCAAACCAACCGAACCUCCUCAAGCUAUGUCGAUUCCCAUGGGAUCCAGGUCCAAUAUCUCGAUGACGGAGCAGUCCUCGAAUUCUCCUAAUAAAGAGAAGACGUCGAUUCCAUCGGCCAAUUCCCAACAGGACAUAAAGUCACCAAAGAAAGAACUUCUCACAGAAGAAAGUUCAUCUUCCGAAUACGUUUCUAUUUCCAUUGGCUCCAACAUUCUUCAGAUUGAGCUAGAAGACACAAUGGAUUCGUUUUCUGCAGCCACGAAUUCUCUUUUGGUUGAGGGUGAGUUUUGGCUGCAACAAGGUCCUCUCUCCUAUGUUGGUCUCACUAAAAGUGACCCAUUCAUCAAGCUCAUUCGAAGCUUCAGUAUAGAGAUCUUUAAAAGCGACGAGUUUGCGCAGUUCAUUAGACGCAAGAAGCCACUUCCAGGUGACAAGAGCUCUCCCGCUUCUGCCAUGAGUGGCGGUACCAGUCUUGAUGAUACUUCUAGAUCUGAACAAUCUGAUCAGCCCUUCGAUAAGGCCUUCGCCCUCGAGGAUAGAAACUCAGAAGACGAGACUGACCUUCUUAGUGGCGGGGCUCUUCUUACAACCAAAAUCAAAGCUGAUGAACCAAAUAAUUCAUUACCAUUCCCAAGCCCAUACACUGAUAUGCCUGGAGGGAUCUCAAUUCAAAGCUUAUCUGGGUCGAAGCUGAACUAUUACGAGUUUGUUCAAGCUCAAGUGAUCAGCGUUCUUCCGAACAAGAGAUCUCUAUAUCAUGCAGUGAGUCGAUACUUUAAGUUUGUGGCUUCAUUUGUCCCCAUACUUCAUGAGCAGACAUUUAUGUCAGAGGUACGUUCCUUAUUUGGUGGUGGAUUCCCUGAUUUUGGCGACGGCUUCUACAAGCUGUUCUUUAUAAGAGACGAACAGGAUCUCAAUUUGACUGCCCAAUUGCUACUCAUCCUUCGACUUGGCUACAUGUCUCUCAUACCCACAGGCGAGACCGAUAUUGUCUUUACCAAGGAGGAGAAGCAUCUAAUCAAGGAUAUCACGAGAUUUAAGUCGGACCACUAUUUGAGCAUCAUCAACCUUUGCAUUUCGGAGGAGAAGGUUCAGUCAAGAUCCACCUUCAAGAUCGUCCAGAGUUUAACUCUUUUGUACUUCUACCGUUCAGUGGCUCCAAAUGACUGUCUUGGUAUCAGUGGUGCAGACUCGCAAUUAUUGUUUGGCUCCAUUGUCAAUCAUGCUUUAUCGAUUGGUUUGAAUCGUGAUCCUGCGAACUACGAUAGCAUACACAGCAUCUCGAAGAAAGCAGACUUUGUUAAUACUUGGAGGUCGUUAUGGCACUUUAUCACCAACGCCGAUGCCAUGGGCGCCAUGUUAUGCGGCUCACCCCUCAAGAUUCCGACUAUCGAGAUAAGCGAUGUUGAGACACCGAAGUUUGACAAGAAUGCUGGCGAGAGAGAGGAGUUGUUCUACAGAACACAAGAUAUAUGCAACUCAUAUCGUCGUGUCAUAAAUAAGCUCACCAAUCUUCAUGACAAACCUAAAGUCAUUGAAGUGUUACGAGAAACGAGCUACUUGGAAGGAAUCUUCCUUUCUCUUUUUGGGCAGGACUUUUUCCGAGACUAUAUCUGCAGCCCGGCGCCUCAACAUGGAGACGGUCUGGACGCUGGUGAGAAAAAGAAGCGGGAGGAAUGCUUACUAAAAGUGAGCCGCUUCUUGACCUUCUUGCACUUGAGAGCCAGCCUUUCGUGUCUAUACUACUUGGUGGUCAUUCAUUAUGAGGAGAAGCUAGACAAAGAUGCAAGUGCUGAGAUCACUGCUGGCAUUGAGCUCUUCAAAAUCUUCAUAAGAAGUGUUGUGCAACUUGUUUAUAUAAUGUCGUAUGCACUUGAUAAUUCUCAAGAGCUUUUUGGCAGACAUUAUGACUUUAUCUUGACUUCGGGCAUUGAACGGUCAUUGAUAAAGACCCACAACUUUGUGACAUCUUUCUUCAUUCGUCUCAUCAACUACAAGAGGGCGUUGGUGGUUCAGCAAUUUAGCAAAAUGGCAAAUCCUCUAUCGAAUUCCUCUGAGGACGAUGACUCGGAAUUAGUUGCUCGAAGCGAGGUUACCGAUUCGUUGUUCACAAUAGCAAUGAUAGAGGCGGAGCUAUUCGUGGGUAACUUCUGGACCCUAAGCAAGACAUACAUCAAUUCUUACAAGAUCUAUGUCAUGGCAUACUUUGUGCUCAAACAAUGCAUGGAGAAUCCCGACAAGUUGUUCGAAGGGAUGGUCAACCAUAAAAAGUAUUUCCACGAUGGUACGAACUUGCUUCAAUUCCUUUCCAUAGUUGAACUUCAAAGCUUGUGCAAAUUAUGUGAAGAAUUUCGCGUCGCAAAAGUGGAGCUGAUUCGAAGACAAACGACCCGGCCCAAAUCCGGCGCAGCCGACGUGGAAGGUGGCAAAGUGGACAAUGACGAAGAACCUUUCGACGCCUUGUUAGCAAACAGGACGAUGUAUGCGAACCGUAACACGGUCAAUACGUAUGGAGUGUUACAAGAGAAGCAUAUGUAUCGGGAUUUUGAAAAACAGGCGUUUGAUGAGCAGUCAAUGAUUGGAAACGAGGAACUCCUUAAGCUCUUUGAGCUCUAUGGCGACCUCGAUGCAUGUCGUAAGAGGAAGGUGAAGUGUGACAGGAAGUUCCCAUGUUCCACAUGUGUUCAGCACAACAGGUCCAAGGAUUGUUCAUAUGGAGAAUCUGUGUCUACAGCAGGUCCACCGAACUUUAAAGACGGUUCUGUUGGAGUUUUCAGAACAUUCUUCGCAAAUGGUCCCUCAUCCUCGAGUCCAAGGCUGAAGGAGUCGUCAAGGUCUGAGUUGACAUUCUCGAGACUGGAGUUUUCUGGAGGAAGUGACAGUUUAAGUGCUAAUGCAUCCCUCGAAGGAAGCUCUGACUCUUCCAGAGCUUCAGACCCUGUCCUCAUGCGCCCUGCCCAGACAUCCCAAACAGGGUCCCAAAUGCCCCAACAGGCUCGCUCUGGAAUGCACACCAUGUCGGUCGGUUUCGAUCUGAGCCUGCCAAUGAUUUACCAAACUGGUCUGGCUCACGAUCCUGUGAGUGAUAGGCAGCUGAGUGAUAGGUCGCUGGGAUCUGAGAAUCUUGGCUUGAUGAGCGAUGUGGAGCGACUCAAACUGAAGAUACGACAGCUCGAGAAUAAGCUCGAUCUGAGUCUGAGCCUGGACUCUCCCACACAAUACCCGAAUUCUCAUGAGAAUUCAGUGGACUUCCAGGCAUUCAGAAACAAUCUUGCUCGCGGUCCACCCCAAGAGUCAAAUUCCUCCAACCCUCUAUUCGUUGGAGUCAAUCCCUACAACAACAACGAGCCAGGUGAGCUCAUUGACUUGUACGAUAACUACAGCCCUAUGCAUGUCAAGGAUGCAUUUCGCCGUCAGAAUUUCGGUCCCUUUGCAUGGCUCGCAUUCAUGAAGAAAGACAAGGUGCUCAAUCUUUUAUUUGAUUAUAUGAAGACUACUAGGGCUUCAGACAAGUUUCCCGAUCCAUACCUGCGGUCGAAAUCGUGCACGAAACCGAACGACAUGGAUGCUGAUUUCCGUAAGAAGGCACUAGAUAGAGAGGGAGAUAGCGAUGUCGCUCAUUUUAAGGAAAACAAUAGCAACACUACCGCCAGUGACCUAAAGAUGCAGAUGAACAAACAUGCUAUUUCGCUCGGUCUCACCAUGUUCGAAGGAGAAUGGGACCAAAAAGUUCACCUUAUUGAAAAAAUCAAGAUGCUUCUCCCGACGCGUAAAGCUCUUUGGAUCUUGAUCAACCGAUUCUUUUCCUCCGUCUACCCCUUCAUACCUAUCAUUGAUGAAACUUGGUUCAGAAGUGAAAUCAAGAGAAUGCUUGGCCCUGAGAUCUACGACGACGAACGCAUUCAACACAUUGUUCUCGAGAAGCAAAUUGAUCUAGCUACAAUUGCAAUCUUGUUGAUUGUCAUCCGAUUUGCUUACUUGUCAGCAUUUUCCAAUAUCAAAGCAGAAAAUGAGAGAGUUUUAACUGCUACAGAUGACUCCCCUUUGGCUGAAAUGAAGUACAUUCUCCACAAUCCAAUUGCAUUAGAUGCCAUUAAUCUUUCCCAAGUUUGCAUUGAUCAAUUUGAUCUUUUUAAGAGAACGAAUAUGACCGUUUUGCAAUAUAUGGCUCUUUUGAGAGUAUACUAUCAAUUUGCUCCCGAGCAUGGUGAUGGUUACGACGGAGGAGUUUCUCAUGUCUUGCCAUCCAUGUGCGUUCUGAUUGCCUAUUGUAUGGGCUUGAACAGAGAGCCUGGUAACUUUGAUGACGUCUGUAACGAUGCCAAGAUGAACAACAUCACCAGAAAGCUCUGGUUUUUCAUUAAACUUGCAGAUUUGACGCAAGCAUACCAAUUCGGCUUCCCCAUGCUUAUCGACAAUAAUUUCAACGAUGUGCGUCUUCCAUACUACAGGCCAGGCAACUCAAAUAUCCUAGAUGCAAAUCUUGAAAGAGACUUGUGUGACACCCUUGCUGGAAUGGGGCCUUUCCUUGACAAGCUCAAAACAUUUUUGUCUAGGAUAUGCUCUAUUCGAAACUGUAUGAAGAUGAGCGAUGCUACUGCUCUAAUAUCUGACUUUGAGCUUAGUAUUCAGCAAGCCCUUGGGUCAUUGACCGAUUACUCGAAGACGCCACUCGCAAAGAACGAAUUUACAUUCGCCAAAAGCAUGAAGUGCAAGACCUAUUUGAACCUUAAGAACCUUUUACUAUCAUUGUACUUCCACUUUUUCCUCAACUACGAACGGAAUGGAAACCACAAUCUAGCUUUUUUCUACAUGAAGAAAUACCUUGCAAUCGCUUGUGGUGAGAUUCUUCCUGAGAUCCUUGAUCUUAUCAAAGAUAAAUCGAAGACAUUCGAUCCGAACAGCACUUUGCCUGAUCUAUUCUUGACACCUUCGAUUGAAUUGUUCCUUCACAAGACAAAUCAGCUCAAUAUUUCCAUUUUCUUGAGAAUGAGCAGCGCUGUCGCGUACUUGAGGUCCGAUCCAGUUCUUCACAACAGAAAUAUCAUGAACUCCUUCGAGUAUAAAAUGAGAUACGCCAAACUUUGCAAGCUUCUCAAGAUUCUCGAGAAGUUUAUCAAGUUUGGCACAGCUUGUCUCUCCAAACUCAGUCAUAGAUAUUACUAUGCAUGGAGAGUUUGCAAGGCACACACAUUCAUCAUUGACGUCUUCCAAUCAGAGGCGGUGGGUGAAUAUAUUCUCAACAACUGCAAUUCAGAUAGGCUUAUGACCGACUUCACAGCCCAGAGACUCGAUGAAUUAUUGAAAAUCGCAGAUUCCACCCUUUGGAAACUCAAAGAUGUCAUCAAAGAAGAUACAGAGCGUAAGAAUGAGGAUACAUUCAAUGUGCCCGAUAUUGACCCCUUAACGAUCAAUCCUACAGCUACUCAAAAUAACCCAGAGGCCCCACAAGAGCCUUUGGAAGUCUUCUCAACGGAUGAUGCGAUUGACAUUGACGACCUUCGUCCAGCCGAAAAUGUGGAUAUCGACAAUUUAUGGCGUCAGAUUGGGUCUAUGAAGUACGAUAUCCAGGCAAAUGAAGCGUCUGCGUUCGACCAAAUGAACAUUCCUGAUGAUCAAUGGGGUAUGCCCUCACCAAACUACGGCGCUUCGUUGACACCAUUUAUGGACAACAGCGGAGAGGUCGAUACCUACCUUGAUAUGUUUUCCAAACCACAGCUUUAG